UUUGGCCGACCACUGAGAAACAAUUAAGGCAAUAAUGUAAUUUCGCUGACUUGAGUUGGAUCACAAAUUGAUCCCUAUUGUUUUAUUCGUACUGUGUGAUAUUUGAACAAGCGGAUCGUGUGGAGCUACACACUGACCAGAUAAGAAGUGGGCGUGCGGAAGGCGCAACGCGGCUUGGCCCCAAGUUUCUGGUUUCGUUGAUGGUAUAUACCAACUGAGCAUACUGAAGGGAGAAGGGUAGAAAGAAGAAGAAUGGGCGGAGGUAUCGUUUCUUCCAUCAUCAAGUGGACGGUGGAGAAGCUGCUUGCCUUGGCAACAACGACAGCUUCGUCACCGGCUGAGCCCCGGAACGAUGUCGAAGAAGAGCUAAGGAAGCUGCAGACGACGAUGUUGAGGAUCCAAGCCAAACUUGAUGACUCGGAGGAGCAGGAUAUAAGAGAUGAGCCUGUAAGGCUAUGGUUGAGUGAGCUCAAGGAUGUCGCUUAUGACGCUCAAGACGCGGUGGAGGAGUACGAAUACGAAGUGCUGCGCGCCGAAGCAGAAAGUAGAUCGAGAGGUGGCGGCCAACACAAAGGCAAGCAUGUGGAGGUAUGCGACGACUCCAUCUCUGCUCCUUCAAGGAUUUCAUUUCCAGAUGAUUUAGCAAGUAAAGUCAAGAAGAUAAGGGAGAGGUUUGAUGAGAUCACCACAGAAUGGAAAGCCCUCCGAUUGGGAAAGAAACAUGGAAAGAGACGAAGAGAUGAGUCGGGUAACUGUAGACAGACGAGUUCUUGCUUCGAUGAAUCAAUUGUUUUCGGAAGAGAAGACGAAAAGGAAAAGUUAAUCGGGUUGCUGCUAUCGGAGGUUGAUGAUGUUGGUGGCAGAGGAGGUACGGUGUCAUUAAUUCCCAUAAUUGGCAUGGGUGGAGUCGGUAAAACGACGCUAGCUCAGCUCGUAUAUAAUGAUCCCAGGGUGUCCAACUGCUUCGAUACAAGGGGAUGGGUCUGUGUUUCUGAAGAAUUUGAUGUUGUGGGUUUAACACGAAAGAUCUUGGUGUCCUUCUUCAAAACCACAGUUGAUCACACAGAAUUAAAUGAGCUUCAACAAGAACUAAAAGAAAAUUUGCAGGGAAAGAAGUUUUUGCUUGUUUUGGAUGAUGUUUGGAACGAGAAACCUAGUCUUUGGGAGUUGGUGAAAGUCCCCUUACUCAAGGCUGGAGUGGGUAAAGUCAUAGUGACUACUCGGAAUGAAUAUGUUGCCAGAAUCAUGCAGACGAUGGAGCCUUUGAGCUUGAACAUCUUAUCAUUCGACAAAUGCUGGAAGUUGUUCGAGAAGCUUGCCUUGGAAAGCUUAGAAUCCAGCAGCAGGCAUAACAAUUUGGUGGACAUCGGUCGGAAGAUCGUCGAGAAGUGCAAAGGCUUGCCGUUGGCGGUGAAGGUAAUUGCACGAGCCCUCAGUUACGAAGAUAAUGAAGACAAAUGGACGGAUAUCUUGGAAAGCGAGCGGUGGGAAUUAGUCGAUGCAAACUUGGAGAUCUUACCGGCUCUUCAAAUAAGCUAUGAUUGCUUGGCAAUAGAUCUAAAGAGGUGCUUCCGGUACCUGUCCUUAUUUCCGAAAGACACGGUUUUAUGCGAGAGAUACAUUGUCCAUUUAUGGAUGUCGCAAGGUCUUCUUCGGCCUCCAAGAAGCAAGCAAGCAGAGGAUAUUGGCAGUGAUUACGUCAGAAACUUGUUGGAAAGGUCAAUUUUGCAGAUUAAGGGGAUACGUAUAGGACAUGCCUUGGACCCCGAGGAAGAGAAAGAGUUAGUGAUGCAUGAUCUUGUUCACGAUCUAGCACAGUCUGUUGCGCAGGGGGAAUCCCUAAGCAUAGCGGCUAACAAACUCGCAAGCAUAUUUCAGCGGGAUGGCGACAAACUUCAGAAGGUUCGCCACUUAUAUCUGGUUCACGACCAGAUGACAUCCAGAGACUUGGAGGCUUUGCUGGAACUAAAACGUCUCCGGACGCUGAUAACUGCCGGACCACAUUUUAUGGAAGCGUAUACUUUUGAGUUCAUCGAUGAAUUGUUCCACAACUUGAAAUACCUACGAGCUUUGGACUUAAGCCACACCAACAUCGCAGGGCUGCCUGAUUCAAUCGGCGACCUCAAAUUACUACGCUACCUCUCCAUCGAAGGUAAUGAGACUGACAGUCUUCCAGAAUCCAUAUGCAGCCUCUACAAUUUGCAGAUUCUGAAUGUGACUGCUACAUUUGAUCUCAAGGAACUACCAAGCGGCAUAGUAAACUUGCCAAAUAUAAGGCAUCUCAUGCUAAAUGAAAGUGGCGUCGCUAUCCCUCGUGGCCUUGGAAAGUUGACGAACUUGCAAACACUAGACUGCAUCGCAUUGGGUCCGACUAGUUGGCGUUACGAGAUAGAGGAAUUGAAGGGUUUAGUGAAUCAUAGAGGAAAACUCAUCAUUUACAAUCUCAGGUAUGUGGAUAAGUAUGUUGCUCAGACAGAAACACCUCUGAAGACAAAAGAUCAUAUCGAGUUUUUGACACUGGAAUGGUAUGAAGACGCCCCUUACGAACACGAAGGCAUGGACGACGACACGACAAAGCAGGUUCUCGAAUGCUUCCGCCCACAUCCUAACCUAAAACAGCUUAUAAUAUACGCUUACGGUGGUGCCAGAUUUGCAACAUGGGUGGGGGAUUCAUCCUUCUCCAAACUAGUGAAUAUAGAGAUGGCUAUAUGCUGGAAAUGCAAUCUGCUUCCACCGUUGGGUCAACUGCCUUCUCUUAGAGUUCUUUCUAUAUAUGAUUUCCCCGGUCUCCAACGUAUUGGGCGUGAGUUUUGUGGUAUUGGUAGUGCGACAAAGGGGUUCCCCUCUCUGGAGACCUUGACGUUCUCAUGUAUAUCCAAUUGUGAAGAGUGGGAUGGAGUGGAGGCUGACGACUUUCCUCGUCUUCUCCAACUUACAAUCGAUCGUUGUCCUAAAUUGAGGAUUUUUCCUCGGCACCCAUUUUCCUCGCUGAGGAAAUUAGAAUUAAGUCAGUUUGGUGACAUCUCCGACGAUGCUCCCUUCGUUUCAUUCGACGACGACACACGUGUUUCUUCCUACCCCCCACCCCUAUUGCCUCGGUAUUUAUCAUUUCGAGGCUUUCACAGCUUUCUUAUAGAUAUGGAUCUGCCUUCACUCGAGGAGUUGAAGAUAUCACAGUGCUCAAAGUUAACGUCUGUCACGGGACUCACCAACCUCGCCUCCCUGCAUUCUUUGAUCACAGAUGAUUGUCCGUAUCUACAGUUUUCUCCGACAGAGAGGUUGUCAUCCACUCUCCAACAUCUGAAAAUUCGGAACAGUCCUUGGGUUAAGCAGUGGGAGGAGGCAGAUCAAGAUACCUCAGUUUUUCCAAACACCGGAUGAUCCAAUGACGGAAUCGGCGCUCUUUCCGCGCCCAUCACAGUCUUCAUUCUCGGGUGGCCAAAUCGAAAAUGAUCAACCGAGGUCACCUGACUACAAUCGCAUGAUUGCGCCUCUGGCUCAAGCUCCAACUGAACUACAAUUGUUUGUCGGUGGCUUCAACCCAUCCCCAGCAACACCAUUCAACUCGGUAUCACUCGGCCUUCGAUGUUGCAUAUCAAAUGUCUAAUUCUGAAGAAAUCAUGACGAAGCUAGAAAGCGGAUGCUUGCUUCAAGGGGGAGGGGAUGAUAGGGGAGGUGUUGGCUUUAUUCUCUAUGUAAUGUAAUGAGGGUGAUAAUUUUAUUUUUGCUCAAUGUAAAUUUUUUGAAGAAGGAUGUGCUAUACUACAAGGCAAGGCUAUGACAAUCCUGGUGAGUCUUUGAACUGUUU